CACCAAAAACAAAAACUUACACAGCACACACACAAAAAAAAACCCCUUUUCACCUGGUCCUUUAAAUAUACCCUCACAUUCCUCUGCAUCCAUAGAAUCCAAUUGAUAACAAAAAAAAAAAAAAAAAAAAAUAGAACUCUUUAGAGUUUCCAAAAUGGAGGAGAACAGGCAUUACUGGAAGAGAAGUCAAGUACCAGCAUUUGGUAGCUGGGAUUGUAACAAUGGUGAUGAUUAUCCAAUUCCAUUUACAGAGUGUUUUGAAUCAGCUAGACAAGCUGGUUUGUUUCACUAUGGUUACUCACAAGAUUCAGAUUUAUAUGUAACUGGAGAUCUUUACCAGAACCAUAUUGUUAAUCCUACGAUGAUCGUUGUUCCUCGUCGUAAGAAAAGAGGAAGUUACAAGGAGGGGAAAAAAGAGGCAUGGGUGAUGUGUGAUAAUUGUGAGAAAGAGUCAUCAAGUCCUGUUAAUGUUCCUCUAUCUCCUGUUCCAACAACUAGGCAUGUGCCCAAAAAGCCUGUUGAUGAAGAUCUCUACAAGAUUUCUCCUGAGUUGCUCUACACCAAAUCUAAAAUGAAAGGCAUCCGAAGAUUCUUUUCAAGUUGCUUGCUACCAACUUGUGCUAGUUGAAUUUAAAGCAAUGCAUAUAAGAGAAGAUGUGUGCUAGUUUAUAUAUAUUCCAAGUAUUAUAUAUAGAAGUGUUUUGAAGUGCUUUUGUGGGGUAAAUUGGCCAAAAAAAAAAAGAUAUUAGAAUGUUGGUCAUCUCAAGAAGGAUAAAUAUAUCAUCAUAUGUUAUUACAACAGAGGUGUCUUUCUUUUUACUUUUCUGUUGCUAACAGUUUGUUUCUUCUUGGAAGUAUAUUGAUGUCCUAGUAUAAUGCCUAGGGGUGUUGGUUUUUGUAAUUUAUAUAAAGUAGAAAAUGUAUGGGAAGUUGGGAUUAAAAGCUUGUAAUGUUACUUUAUGAGAAAAUCAAGAAAACUUCCCUUGUGCUUUUA